UAACCACGAGUGCUGAGCCCAUUUACUUCCCAAAUAUAAAAUAGCUUCACGAACAAGAGCCAACUCCAAACUUUAGCAACCAGAAAUCCUCUCUCUUUACCAUAACUUUCAUCAAAUCAAUCCAGUUGAAGAAAAAUUUCCAGGAUGUUCUUUAGUGGCGAUUUGACGAGUCGAAAGAAAGUGGAUUUAGGGGGCCGGAGCUCGAAGGAGAGAGACCGGAAGGUUCUAUUGGAGGAGGCGAGGCUCGAGAGGAAGCGGAGGUCAGAAUUGAGGCAGCAGACUUCUGCUGCAAUCAAGAUCCAGAAAUGCUUCAGGGGGAGGAGGGCAGCUGAACUUGCACGUUCAGAUGUGCGCAAGCAGUUUCGUCUAACUUAUGGAGAUUGUUGUCAAAAUGUAGAUAAGCACUGUUUCAGUUCUGAUUCAAAGUUUCUUCGCCAGUUGCUCUUCUUCUUCACUGCAAGCAACAACGAUGAUGUUUCUAUUCUUGUGGAGGCUUGUCGAUUACUGCUUCAUUUUGUUCAACUGAGUGGGAAUAUUGUCAGCCUCUUUGCAGGCACGGAUUACAAUGCAAAUCAUUCCAUGGUGGAGAUCAGAGUUAAGAAGCUUGUAUAUUUUUGUCUGAAGGCAGUUCAUCAUAACAGGGAUCGCCUGAAGAGUCAGCUUUUGAUGCCAGCCAAAAACUCUAGUAUGCCAACUGUCAUCUUGCUUGAGACAGCUGCUUCCCUGAGCAAUCCUGAUCUUCCAUGGGUUUGUAAAGUUGUGGAUCAUCUGGUGAAGAGAAGAGUUUUCUCUAUGUUUCGGGGCAUCCUUCUCACUGGACUGCAGAACGCUAAGACACCGGCAGCUAAUGCAAGCAUAUCUUCUUUUGAGCAUUUUCUUAUCCUCAUCUCUUCCCAUCCUGCUCAACAUCCAUGUAACAGCUCGAGUUACUCGAGUGUAGAUCUGCAGUGGAGUUUCUCAUCUCAGCUGCUUUCUGUUCCUUUUUUUUGGCGCCAUCUUCCACACUUCAGAGAGGUUUUCUUUUCCAAGGGACUGGUCAAGCAUUACAUUCAUCAGCUGGCAUUUUAUUUGCCUAGUCAUGUUAACAUCUUUCCUGUUGACUUUCACGACCUCCCGGGUUAUGCCUGCCUGCUUGGGAAUUUGCUGGAAGCUGCUGGAGUUGCUUUGUCUGAACCUAAUUGCACUUUUGCGACGGCCAUGGAUUUUGUAGCUGUCUCAACAUUUUUACUGGAGGCAUUGCCUACCUUGCUGCCAGCUGGAGAAAAUCAUACUAAAAGUGAAGAUGCUAUGGAUGAGGACUACAAAGAAACCCUGGACGUGGAUUUAAGAAGGCAGAUAUCAGAUGCAGUUGAUCCGCGACUUCUUCAGAAUUUAGUGAAUACUUUGUUCAGAUGUACAUCACUAACCGAUAAUCUAGAUAAAAAUGUGCAACCACGUGAAGAGGUGGAAGCUAUCGGUGCUAUUUGUGCUUUCCUUCAUGUCAUGUUCAGCACACUGCGCAUUGAGCGCAUCAUGACUGGACUAGCUUAUAGAACAGAGCUUGUUCCUGCACUUUGGAAUUUUAUAAAGAGAUGCCAGGAGAAUCGAACAUGGCCUGCCUCCAAGUUCACAGCACAUAUACCUGGAGAUGGUCUGGGUUGGUUAUUACCUCUGGCUGUUUUCUGUCCUGUAUACAAGCAUAUGCUUAUGAUCAUAGAUAGUGAGGAGUUCUAUGAGCAGCAUAAACCACUCUCAAUAAAGGACAUCAAACUAUUAGUUGUCAUUCUAAAGCAGGCCCUGUGGCAGCUCCUGUGGAUAAUACCUGGAAACACUCCACUUUCUCAAAGAUCCGUUUCAGAUCUCUCUGGUCAUAAGAAGCUUACAGUGGAUGUGAUUAGAGAUAGAGCGAGGAUUGUUAUAUCUGAAUUGUUGAGCCAGUUGCAAGAUUGGAAUAACAGAAGGUCAUUCACUCCAGCUAGUGACUUCCAUGCUCAGGAAGCUACAAGCGAAACAUUUAUUUCUCAGGCUUUACUUGAAAACACAAAAGCAUUUGAAAUAUUGAAGCAAGCUCCCUUUUUGGUGCCAUUUACAAGCAGGGUUAAAGUAUUCACUUCACAGUUAGCAGCUUCGAGGCAAACAGAUGGAGGUCAUCCUGCGUUUACUAGACAUCGGUUCAAAAUUCGAAGAGAUCAUAUCCUUGAAGAUGCUUUUAAUCAGUUGAGUAGGCUAUCAGAAGACGAUCUUCAUGGCUCGAUUCGAGUCUCCUUUGUCAAUGAAUUUGGUGUAGAGGAGGCUGGAAUUGAUGGGGGAGGAAUCUUCAAGGAUUUCAUGGAGAAUGUUACUCAUGCUGCAUUUGAUGUGCAAUAUGGACUAUUUAAGGAAACCGUUGAUCACCUUCUAUAUCCUAACCCGGGAUCAGGACUUGUGCAUGAGCAACAUCUUCAAUUUUUUGAGUUUCUUGGAAGUGUUCUUGCAAAGGCAAUGUAUGAAGGCAUACUCGUCGACAUACCAUUUGCAACAUUCUUCCUAAGCAAAUUGAAACAAAAGCACAAUUAUCUGCACGACUUACCUUCAUUAGAUCCAGAAUUGUAUCAUCAUCUUCUGUUUUUAAAGCGUUAUAAAGGUGACAUUUCAGAGCUAGAACUCUAUUUUGUUAUUAUCAACAAUGAAUAUGGGGAGAAUGCAGAAGAGGAGUUGAGACCAGGAGGGAAAAACAUCCGUGUUACUAAUGAUAAUGUUAUUCAGUAUAUUCAUCUAGUUGCCAAUCAUCGUUUGAAUUACCAGAUACGGCAUCAAAGUCAACAUUUUCUGCGAGGAUUUCAGAAACUCAUAAAGAAGGAAUGGAUUGAAAUGUUCAAUGAGAAUGAAAUUCAGCUCCUUAUAUCAGGAUCACUUGAAAGCCUAGAUGUGGAUGACCUCCGUUCUAACGCUCAUUAUUCUGGUGGUUAUCAUGCGGAUCACCCUGUGAUUGAGAUGUUUUGGGAAGUUCUUAAAAGCUUUUCCAUGGAGCACCAGAAGAAAUUUCUGAAGUUUGUGACUGGAUGCUCUCGAGGGCCACUUCUUGGAUUCAAGUACCUUGAGCCGAAAUUCUGUAUACAGAGAACUGCCUCUUUACAUCUCGUUGAUGCGGAUCUUGAUCGCUUGCCUACUUCAGCUACUUGCAUGAAUCUGCUAAAGCUCCCACCAUAUAACAGCAAAGAGCAAAUGCAAGCCAAAUUGAUGUAUGCAAUCAACGCAGAUGCUGGCUUUGAUCUGAGCUAAAAGAAAGAUAAAAAUAAACUUGUGACAACUUCCCUCCCUCCAAAAGAAGCCUAGUCUUCGCUGUUUAAACACCAAAACCAUACAAAGAAGAUUUCAUGGUUUUCAUACAGCACCAUCGGCCCGGAUUUGGUAAUAUUGGUUCUGAUGGAAGAGAACCGGCUCUAGUUUAAGACAGCAAUCCGUGAAAAAUAACAUGUAUAUAUUGAAAAUUUUCAUGUAAUCUAUGUGACAGCUGUACAUAUCUCUCUUUGUGGUUCUCAUAGAAAUGUAUCAUUCGUGGGAUCAGCUUUGGGCUGUUACCGGUAUCAUAUUUGUUUCGCUAAAGAUUUGGAACCAUGUUAAUGAAAAAAAUGAUCCAGAUGUACUCUUCUUUUUCUCUU